AUGCGUUCCGAGAUAGACAAGCUGGAGCGAGAAAACAAGGCACUGCGCGAGGAACUGAGCCAACUUGGGAUCAGGACGUUAACCCACAAGGACCAAGAAAUAAGCGAUGACAAGAAGUGCAAGAUGCCUCCGAACGAACAGGCCUUAUCCAAAGGAGUCCUGCGCAGGAAUGUAUCUGCUGGGUCAGCCCAGGCGUUACAGGAGCAGAAAGAGUACAGGAUAUUUUCUGUUAAUAUUUAUUUUUACAUCACAGGUGUGGCAAUGACUGUCCGCAGGUAUUCCAUGUCCUCACCCCCACUUUCCAGCUCUGGAUUCCAUAAACAAAAUGUAAGCCUAAAAAGAUAUUCAAGUAGUGGGACGCUGGGACCGAAUGGAUCCAUACAGGACAUAGAGCAAAGUACUGGAAGGCAUGACGUCCAAGCUAAACACGUAAUAUCAGAAAAUGUGCUUAGUAAUAACAAUCCUAAAACCAGAUCAUUUCAGGAAUAUGUGCACCAGUGCAGGAGCAGAGUAAAAGCUGUUACAUUUCUAUUGCCCACGGAUAUGAGAUCCUACGCUGAAAAUCAAAUCACUAUCCAGAGCCCUAAAAAUCACAAUGCAAAUCACUUGAGCACUAUCAUUGAAAAGGAUCCAUGACCUGGUGAAUUUUUUACGACCAUCUUACAGUGUGAUGAGGCAUCCUUAAAAUGAUAGCUGGGUCUUCGGUUACAUUUUGUGCACAGUAUUUGGCGUGCGGCUCGUCUCAUAUGGACAGAAUAAUUGG